AGGGAAUAAAAAUAUUAAUAAUGUAUCAUUUCACUGAUGAUGGGUCUGUAUUUGAGGGAGACCUAGCCACGUCCGCACAUGUAGAUGUCCAGACGUCUAGAAACCACACUUAUAGAGAUGAACUUAUGCAACAAAUGCAGGAAAAAUAGGAAUAAAGAAUUUAUUCAAAAGUAUGAAGAUCGAACACUAGAUGAUAUGCACUUGAACACACUUGGAACUAUGAGAGCGCAGUCUCGAGGAGGCGGAGGAGCACCUCUCAGAGACCAGUUCGGAAAUGUAGUUGCAGGUAGAUCUCCAGAUCGGAGUAACAAAUUCUUAAGGAGUAAUAUCGGCACUCCUAAUUCCAGUCAAGGUAGGUCUAACAUCGGGACUCCAAUGAUAGUGAACACUGGAAAUGGAGUAAGCACCAUAAAUGCCCAGAAUCCGUUUAUUAUACCGGGAGUGUCUCCAACACCAACCAGUAUUGUUUAUACAAAUUAUCCUCAGUUUGGAGAUGGCCAGCCGAUAUCAGGACAAGCUUUAAUAAUGCCAGGGGGACAACCGUUCGUGCCAUCUCCUUCGGCAGUUCUUAAUGGCACUCAAUCAUUACCAAAUAUACAUCUUGGAAAUGUAAAUACAUUAGCAAGUGUUGAACAAUCCCCUGUUCGUCAAGGGAUUCCUGAUUUUAUCCAAGUUGGUUCAGGAGGUAUCCCUGGCACCUCUUACGGAUUGACUAAUGCUCAAUACCUUGAGUAUUUAAAAGCUAAAGAGGAAAACGAUGCUCUAACCGAGCUGAAAUAUGAUAAAUAUAACAAACUCUAUCCUGACUGGGCUCUGGAUGAUAUCCACAGGAGUAGAUAUUUUCAUAAAGACCACUCCUAUCCAAAAUCACCUUACCGGGGCAGGAACUGGUACAAUGAUGAUCCUUAUUGGUGGGACGAUUACUACUGGGGAGGUAGGCUAGGCUCCCGAUAUGGCACAAGGUUUGGCAGAAGACGCAGUCGAAGAGGUAAAUGGUAUGGUAAUCGCUAUGAUGAUGAUUAUUACUACAAUAGACACUACGAAGGCUAUUAUGGAGAUCAUUACGGUGACUAUUAUGAUAGAUACUACGACAAACAUUAUGAUCCUUAUUACAAAGGCUAUGGAAGAAACGACUGGUAUUGGUGGAAUAGAUCAAACACUUAUAAGGGCAAGAGAGAUCCUAAUGCUAAAAGUGGUGAUUAUGGACAUUGGUAUAACAUUCCUGAUGAGAAGGAUCGCCCACCUGCUUAUUUUGACCUCCCUCCUCCAUGGAUCAAACAUCAAGAUUGGAAUCCGUACCUUUGGAGGCGAGAUAAGCCCCCUCCUUUCUGGAUGUAUGGCAAAGACAAGAAAAGGCAUUGGGAAUUCAAAAAGGAAUGGGAGAGAUGGUACAAAGGAGAGUCCAAAGAUUGGUGGAACAAAUUCGUUCCAGAUGAUUUCAAAGGCAAAGUAGAAGACCUUGUUAACGAAAAGAUCAAGAAAGUCUCCAAUGACCUUACUGAAAAAGAAAGAGCUCUUUAUGAUGAGAUAAAGACGCUUAAAAAUACAACUAGAUCAGACGAUGUGCAGAAGAAACGGUAUCUUGAAGAGAUACAGAGACUAAAGAAUAAGGUAAAGGAGAAAGAGACUGAGGAGGACCUCAGGCAUAACUAUGUAUAUCAAAUUCUCUUUGAGAAUUGGAAGAAGAAUAAUAAGUCUGUUUCUCCCUACCAUUCCAAAGACAUGAAGCUUCCUGACCUAACUAAAGAAGACAGAGGCAGAAAUCAAGAAUGGCUUGAGAUUGAUGAGAAAAUGGAGUUUCCCUCUGCUGAAGAAAUCGAGAGAAUGAAUAUCAGCGAUAACUUCUUUGAUGUUGACAGAUUCCAUGAACUCAAUGUCAGCCGACUGAAGAAGCUACCUAAGAAGGAAAAGGGACAGAAACAAGAGCAAAAAUUUGAUGUAAAUACUUUAGAUGAUGAUCUAUUUGGCAAACUAGACUCUGAUGUUCAGAUGCAAGAGAAUGACUCUAUUGAGGUAAAGCCAAUGUACUCCUCCCCUGAGAAGAAACAAGACGAGUACGGAGAGAGAAAAAUAUACGCCAAUUCCCUCAAAAGUAAUGGAGAGUUUGACAGCACCUUUGCAAGAGAUACUGACCAAGGUUUUGUUGAUAUGAAAAACUCUGUACGAUUUAGAGGAAGCAAUGUUAGAAAUAACUCUGUUUUCAACAGAGAUGGAGAUAGGAGCAGCAAGUAUCAAUCUCCAUUAAAGAUAGCAUCUAAGAUGCUUACUUCUUAGGAAUCUAAUUUCAUCAAUUUCAGAAAA